AUGAAAGAAACAAGAGAAUCACGAAAAAGAGAUAAAGAAGAAUUAUUAGGAUUUUCAACAUCAAAAAAUCGUCCUAGAAAUAUAAAUAAUUUACAUGAAUUAUUACCUGGAUUAAAUGAUAUAAGUGAUGCAUUUGAAGCAUUACCAUUAGAUAUUAUAAAAUAUUUUACAUUAUUAAAAGAAAUUGAUGCUAAAUGUAUAAAUACAAUACCACAAAUUAAUCUUAGAAUUAAAAAUUAUAUUGAUAAUUUACAUUCAAAAAAUAAUGAAUCACUUAAACAAAAACAAAAUCAAGAUCAUCAACAAUUAAAUAUUAUAAAAAAUAAAAUAAAUGAAAUUAUACCCUGUUUAGAAGAGAAAAUGCAUGUUACUUCAGUUGCAACAGAUUUACUAAAUAAACAUAUGUAUAGAAUAAAUCAAGAUUAUAAAUUAAUUAUACAAAAUAAUGAAAUUCCAGAAAAUAUAAGAAUUGGUCCAUUAAUUCAUCCUGCAAUGAUAUUAGAUACAAAUAAUUCAAAUAAUUCAAAUAUAAAUAAUGGAAAUAAUAAUAAUAAUAACAGUAAUAAUAUAAAUAAUUCAAUAAAUUCUCAAAGAAGUGAAAGUAGAAGAGAAGCAUUAGCUGCAAGAAAAUCAAAUAAAGAUGAUGAUAAAGAUAGUGGAACAGGAGGAACUCCAUCUACAUCGAAUGCAGGUAGGAAAAAGAAAAAUAAAGAACAAACUCCUUUAGAAAAUAAUACUUCUACCAAUACCACCUCCAACAAUAAUCCGAAAUCUUUAAACAAUGAUCCUAAAAAGAGAAGAAAUAAUGCAAAUGAUGAAAAAUCAAAUAAAAAGAAAAAGAAAAAUGAAAACAACAAUAAUGAUGAUGAUGAAUUAAAUAAUUAUGAUAAUUCAAAUAUGACAAAUAAUUCAAUAAAUUCAAAUUCAUUAACAUCAUCAUCAAAUCAAUCAAUUCAACAACAAACCAAAAAUAAAAAUUUAUCAAUUGAUGGAGGAAACAACUCAAAAUCAAUCAAAAAUGAACCAACUUAUUGUUAUUGUAAUCAAGUAUCAUUUGGAGAAAUGGUAGGAUGUGAUGGUGAUGAUUGUAAAAGAGAAUGGUUUCAUUUACCUUGUAUUGGAUUUAAAAAUCCUCCAAAAGGUAAAUGGUAUUGUGAUGAUUGUAUUAUAAAAAUUAAAAAAAAUAAAAAAUAUUAA